CUCUGUCUCUCUCUGUAUUUUUUUUUAAUCUCGGCCACGGGUCGGUCAAUAUCUCACUUGUUAAGCAGAGCAGAGACAUGGCUGCUAACAGGGUGAUCGUGUACGGCGGAAGAGGCGCUCUGGGCUCAAAAUGUGUCCAACAUUUCAAAUCUAAAGGAUGGUGGGUUGCUAGCAUCGACAUGGCUGCAAACGACGAGGCAAACGAAAACGUGGUUGUGAAGUUGAGUGAAUCUUUCACCGAGCAAGCAGGACAGGUGACGACAGAUGUGGCCCAGUUGCUAGGGGAGCAGAAAGUGGAUGCCAUCUUGUGUGUAGCAGGAGGAUGGGCGGGAGGAAGCUGUAGUUCCAAAGAUUUAUACAAAAACGCAGAUCUUAUGUGGAAACAGAGUGUGUGGACCUCCACUAUCUCCAGCCACCUCGCCACUCUGCACCUAAAACCAGGUGGGCUGUUGACUUUGGCUGGGGCCAAAGCAGCCCUGUCAGGCACUGGAGGCAUGGUAGGCUAUGGCAUGGCCAAAGCUGCAGUCCACCAGCUGUGUCAGAGUCUUGCAGCAAAAAACAGCGGGAUGCCAUCAGGAGCUGCUGCUGUGGCUAUACUACCGGUUACCUUGGAUACGCCAAUGAACAGGAAGUUCAUGCCUGACGCAGACUUCGGUUCCUGGACGCCGCUGGAGUACAUUGCAGAAUUGUUCUUCGAGUGGACCACAGGGGUAAACCGGCCAGCUUCAGGAAGUCUCAUGCAGCUACUGACCUCCGCUGGUGAAACCCAAGCUGUGGCUGCACAGUAGAGGAUUGAGUGGAGCUGUCGAGGUGUUGAUGGGGGUUGGGAGAGGGGAGAGAUGGAUGGAAGCAGAGAUGAGGAGAUGGAGAGACACAAAGAUAGACUGGUGGAGAGAGGGGAGGAGGAAAUGGGGAAGGAGAGUUGGGGAGAUAGAAGUGAUGAAGAGGGUUGGAGGAUGUAGAGGUGAAAAAGAGAGAUAGUGACAGAGAGCAACUAAAUAAAAUAAGGAGGUGGAGAAGAGAUGGCUAGAUGGGUUUGUUUUAGAGGGCUGGGGUGUGGGGGGCCGUGGACUUUCAUUGCAAAUGCAGCCUCACAGCACCAUCUAGCUGUACAUUCUCUUAAUUGAAAAAAAGUCAGUCAGACUAUGUCAAGUCUCCAGUAAUAAUAAUACACUAUUGGCUAAUAAUGGACAAACUCUAUAAGGCGCACUCUCCACUCGUGCACAAUAAUUUAGACGAUUUGUUCAAACUGUUCUUUCAGAGAUAAGUGAAGUGUGUUAAAUGAGACUCAUUUCAUAUCAAAAUGUUUAUAUUGCUCUUUUUUGGUCAGGACUGUGCGGAAGAGGUCACUGAUUAAGAUACAUAUCAUUUGACAUACAAUACAUUGUAAUUCUGUGUCAUAGCAUUGUUAUUACAAUAAUUAUAAUGUAGAAAUGGCUUAAAAUAAAAAAGAUGUAUUGUUUUUUCUGUAAUUCACCAUAUUUUUCUUUUCUAAAGACUCCCCUUCCUCCAAAAUAUAUAUCCAAAACAUCAUACCUACACUAGCAACAGUACCUUUCUUUACCAUCUGUGAAAUUUAACAAACAUUGUCAGUCCAGUGUGACAUGUGAGAUUUGUAGACUUUUUAGUUUGUACUGUCUCAAAACUUCAAUGUCGAAGAAAGCCGCUGUCGCCUCGCAAACGGACAAAAUGCAGUUUAAAGUGGAGUGGCCUUAUUUUGUGUUUGGAGCUAUCAAGUCAAAGUGUCCUUGGUGUCCGCGAUAUGAAAAAGGUGCUCUGUUUCUGUUGUGGGUCUUGUACUGUGUCAAAUUCACAAUAAAAUGAGUCAACAUAAAGGGUCG